AUGGCUUUUGUAGACAGUCUAAUUUUCGUUGGGGAGGCCCUUGUCUAUGCUUUGACCUGGCUAGCCACAAUGCUGCGGGGUAGUGUCGCUCAAUUACGUAGCCCUAUUGCUCCAUUGCCGAGUCUCGCUGCUACACCAUCGAGUACUCAAGCCUCCACGCAUACAGACGAACGUGCGACUACGGGAUGGGUGGGUGAGGAUACUCAAAGAUAUGAUAAUACCCCCUGUUCGCUUCCGGGUAUUGACACUUUUGGCCCCAUGGUCUACGAGCUGGAUGCUUCAAGUAGGCAUUAUCAUAAUUCUAGCUCUGGAAAGGUCAAUUCAGCAUAUAAAUCCAGGGAAUCUAUCACCCUUGAGAUGUUGCUGGGCCCUCGAGACAGUGAAAAUCCAUAG